UGCUACUUCCAUCGUGAGCCCAAAUCAUUCACGCCAUGGCCGUCAAACCGUCAUCUUCGAACCCUCCUCCUCCGCCGCCGCCGCCGCCUGCUGCAGCAAAGAGGGGAUUGCUUUACCGAUCCGUGCCCUUCCUGCUCGCCGCUAAUUUAGCCAUCGGAGCAUAUGUCCUUCUCAGAACAAAUAAAAAACCAUCUGAGAAAGGUGAAGAAACCGGGAAAGAGGUUCCUGAUGCCCCUGUAGUUGCUACUGAACCUGUAACCCCUGGUGAGAGAACAGUGGUUGCACCUGUUCCAUCUCCAACCAAGGUUCUACCUCCAAUUGCAGAGCAGGAGCAACGAGAGCUCCUCAAAUGGAUUCUGGAGGAGAAGCGAAAGGUCAAGACGAGCAAUCGGGAUGAGAAGAAGAAAAUUGACGAGGAAAAAUCUCUCCUCAAGCAGCUCAUUGGAGCAAAGUCUAUUCCCAGCAUUUAGGAGCCUCAUUGUCUGCAAAUCCGUGUAUUGGAGAAUGCUGUUGCGCUUGAGAUUGUUUGGGACUGAAUUCUGAUUACCGUUUCCCCAAAAUUGCAGCUGUACGCUUUUGCACCAAACCUGGAAUGUCUUGAAAUGCUUUGAAUUAUUGUUCUUGCCUUGGAAUCCCAACUUGAGUAGUUCUAUGCUAA